GCCCUGCUCAUGCAACCCAGAACUUCCUCUGCGUAGUCUUCCACAUCCACCGAUCCACGUAUUCGCUAACCCUAACCCUAACCAUUCAAACCACUCUCUCAACGCCCAACCAUGCGAAAAACGCUACUUUGCAUGAUCUUUCUCCUUCUUAUCACCUUCGCUUUCACCUACUCCUCGAUCCCACUCCAAUCAUCUGCCCAAACCCUCGGCCUCGACGCCUUCCUCUCCGACCAGCUCCGACGCGACCCUUUUUCCGCUAACGACUCCUUCCACUUCCUCCCCUCUUCCCUCAAGAAAUCCCUUUCCCUGUCCCCCAUUUCCAAACCAAAAAAUUUAAUCUCCCACCUUCUCUCAUACCAAAUCGCCAUCCCCGUCCGCAUCAAGCUCGUCGGACCUUUCUCCGCCGCCGCUCCAUCCAUUCUCCACUCAUUCGUCGCUGCUGCCCUCUCCUCCUCCCGAUUCCACGUCGUCGGUGCCAAUCCCCACCACCUCGCUGUUUCCCACUCGCUCCAUCUUGACCCCUCCCUUGCCCCCCUCGAAUCUGACAUCUCCGAAGCCAUCCGCGCCCAUCUCGAAUCCUCUCCGGCGCCGCUCCACCGUGGCGCCCUCUUCUCAAUUCCCUACUCCGUCGUCGACGAUCUCAUCCGUCGGGAUUUCUACAAGGAGGAACCUAACUCUGCUCUUGGAAUCGACAUCUAUUUGCUGAAUUUAGACCAGCAAUCAAAGCGUUACGCGUACGCAUACGAUGCCGAGGAUUCUUCGCCUGCGUUCUCAAAGUGUUUGGGAACGAUCUGGACCGGGAAGGAACGAUACAUGUGGAUUGAUCUCGCCGCAGGACCAGUGGACUACGGGCCCGCGCUUUCAGGCGAAGGGUUGCUUCCCCGAGGUGAGUUUCACCCUCUAGCCUCUCUUCAUAAGAGUCCUAGAUCCGAAAAAGCCUUGCUUGCGGAUCUCGCGUCACUUGUACUUGGUGCGUAUCAGUCCCUUUUGGUUCCCUCUUUGAGGAUUCCAGUUUUCUUUGAGAACAAGUUGCUUAUCCAGUUCAUUCAUAUACAUGGUUCUGAUAACGGGGAUCCAAGGGGUCUUGACUGGACUUCAAUUGAGAAAACACUCAGGGAGAGUGAUUUAUCCUUCAAAGGUCAAAUUUUGAAGAUGAACUCAUACAGUGUGAAGUAUUCAGAAUGCACAAUAUGUUCAUUUGCAAUCGCCAAAUCGACGAACUCAUACACAUCAAGGUUCCUCUUUGAGAAUUAUACUCUGAUUGUUAGUGAGUAUUUGGACUCGAAGCAUCUACACCAGGUGCUAGCGGAUUCGGUGGACGAGAUACAUAGAGAAGCUGGUGUUUCUGAUGAUGAGUAUGGGAAAGUCCUCCCUGUAUAUGUCUUUGAUUUGGAUUAUGACAAGUUCAUCUUACUCGACCGUUUCCACCAAGCUGUGGCUUUCAAGGAUAUGGUGAUCGCAGUGAGGACUAGGAGUGCUCAGACAGUGAGUGACUACAGUUGUAAUGGAAGGCAUGUGGUCACCCAUACUCGUAGUUUGAAUCGUGCAAUUGUUGGUUCUGUUCUUCAGAGUAUGUGGGGUGUUGCACCAACUCACAUUACAUGGAGCCCAGAGCAUAAUAACUCUCUUGUAGACUACACUUGGAGUGUUGGAAAUACUCCAUUUGGACCCUUCUCGGAGUUAUAUUCCCUCUCAUUUGUUCAGAAGGACGCAGCUAGAAGGAAUGUUCUCCUUGUUUGUCUGAAUUAUACGAUCACCAGUGCUGUUGACUUGUUGGAGUCAUUGGAGGCACAUGGAGGUGAUAGGAAGGUUCUUAAGGAUAAUAGGUACGUAGAUUUUGUGCAGAGGUGGAAUUUGCUCAAGUAUAAGCUGGAUAAGGUUGUUUCUGCUAUGUCUCAACUGGAUUAUGAUAAGGCUUUGUAUUUCUGGAGGUCUUCAGAACAUGAUCUUUUUGAGCUGCAUACUUUAAUUUAUCAGGCAACGCAAAAGCUUGAGGCUUCAUUGGUUUGUUUCAAAGAUCCGCCAUUCCCAUGGGCUUCUGCUUCUAUUGCUGGAGCAUUUUUGUUUGGAUUAUUCUAUGUCUAUGUCAAGAGAGACAAAAUUUUCAGGAACAAGAGGAAACAAUUUUGACCAGUAUUGUUUAUUUCUAGAAUGUUUGAUCAGUCCAGGAGCAUAUCCUGUAUGAUUUAGCUUCCAGGUGCAGAUGAAAAAUGCAGUUUCAAAUGAAGAAUGGAGUUUCUAAUCUUAGAGAAAAAACUUCAAGAUUUCACGUAAGAUCCAUUCAUGUUACCCUCAUGCCUUUUUAAGUUCGUGCUAAUGACAUUGAGUUAUUUAGCAUGUACUUAAUUAAGAUUAUUUCUGUGGAUUUACUCUCCUUUUAUCACCUGGAACUUUCAUUGUUUUAAUGCCAUUUAAUAUGAUUUUUGUAGUUUGUGAAAUAAUGUGACUAGCAUCAGUUUCACAGUGAUAUUCUUUCUUUAGAUUUC